AUGACACCGGUUAGGCUACCAAUAGUUCAUAAAGCUCAUAGGAGUUAUCCUCUGAAAUUCGAGACUCUCAAAAGCAAUGAGCUCGGUCAUGACCUGAAAGGACCAAAAUGCUUAUGGGAUGCAAAAUUUCACUCCUACCUUCGACACAAACGUUACUAA